AAAAUGAGGGUGGUUGUAGUGUUAUGUGCUCUUUUGGCUGUAGCCCUUGCGGGUCCAUCCCCCAAUGCAGAUGUGAUAGAAAGUCUCUUGAGGGACAAAGCUUGGGCUAGUAAAUUUUCUACAAAUGUCAUUGCUGAUGCUUUGCUUGAUGUGCCCGGCCUCGUACAAAGGUACAAUUACCCAGUAGAAGUACACAAUGUUCAAACAUCAGACGGAUACAUUUUGACAAUCCAUCGUAUACCCCACGGAAGAGACAGGAACAAUGAGCCUGGACCCAGACCAGUCGUAUUGCUGAUGCAUGGAAUGUUGUCUUCCUCGGCUGAUUAUUUGGUACUUGGACCUGGUAAUUCAUUGGGUUACCUUUUAGCUGAACAAGGCUACGAUGUCUGGCUUGGUAACGCACGUGGAAAUUUUUAUUCUCGUCGCCAUGUGUCCUUAGACCCAGAUAGUAAAACAGAUAAUGAUUUCUGGAAGUUCAGUUGGGAAGAAAUUGGCCUUUAUGACGUCUCAGCCUAUGUUGACUAUAUUCUUGAUAUCACUGGACAAGAGAAACUGCACUACGUUGGCCAUUCUCAAGGAGGAACUGCGUUUCUAGUGUUGAAUUCUUUGAGACCAGAGUAUAAUGAGAAAUUCAUUUCAUUUCAAGGAUUGGCUCCAGCUGCGUUCUUCUAUAAUAAUGAACAUAGUAUAUUUAACUUACUAGCGCCCUAUGAGAAACUUAUAGAGACUACAAUGUUCAGGAUUGGUUUCGCAGAAAUUUUUAGAAGGCAUCCUUUGUUGACAGCCCUGGGCUUAGCUGGCUGCCACGAAGCCUCUCCUUUCCACCCUAUUUGCGCAUCAGUGGCUACUAAUACGUUUGGCAACAUUAAUGCGACAAAGUUACCAAUCCUCCUAGGCCACAGUCCGGCUGGCUCGUCUAUUCGUCAACUAGCCCAUUAUUCUCAAACUAUUAGACGCAACGUCUUUGCUCGUUUCUACCACGAUCCUAUCACAAACUAUCUUAAAUAUGGCAGCUUUACUCCUCCACCUUUUGACAUGUCCAGGGUUACUGUCCCGGCUUACAUACACUAUGGAUUGGCGGACCGAGAAACAAACUUCAGAGACUUAUAUAUUCUAGCUGAUAGAUUAUCAAAUGCUAUCGGUCUUUUUGGAGCAGAAAGAGAAACUUUUACCCACUAUGAUUUUGUUUGGGGAAGUGAUGCUAAAACUGAAAUAUUUGACAGGCUUUUUGAAUUGAUGAGAGCAGCUGAACAAAAUGAUAGUACUUUUGGAAAGAUGGUCGAUAAUAUUGUUAAUUAAGAUGGGGUACAAACAUAUAUUGUUUUG